AUGGCUUCCGCACCCGCCGCCAACGGCGACAGCUCCGUAGCCGACUACGACCUCAUGCUUAAGCUCGCCCAGAACCUCGACCGCCAUAUGAUUUUCCCGCUGCUCGAAUUCAAUGCGGGCCAGCUUGUCGAUGAGGAGAGCGGGGAGAUUAAGGACGAGGCGAAGGCGCGCGAAAUCACACAAGCCAAGUACUCGCUGCUGAAAAAGACCGACAUGACCGAUUACGUCGCCAACCUCUACUGCGAACUUGAGGGCCUCGAGGAGCCCCCGGCAGAGUUUGCCGACAAGAAGCAAAAGGUCUUUGGGCAGUUACAAAAGUACGAGCAGGACACCAGCAAGAUCAUCGAGCUCCUCGAGCGCGACGACGUUGUGAACAACCUCAGGAGCGACAAGGUGGCAAACUUGGAAUUUCUCAAGAGGGAACACGAGGUUACGAUAGAUAUGGUUAAUGCGCUAUACGACCUCGGCAACCUCCAGUACAGCUGUGGUAACUAUGCUGAUGCUUCUGAGACCCUCUACCGGUUCCGCGUUCUGUCGACAGAUAACGACAAGGUGGCAUACGCGACAUGGGGCCGGCUGGCCUGCGAAAUCCUGACCAUGAACUGGGAGUCGGCCAUGGAGGAGAUUCAAAAGGUCCGCGAGACCAUUGACUCCAAGCUGUCACAAAACCCGUUGGCUCAGCUGCAGCAUCGUACCGCCCUCGCUCACUGGGCCCUGUUCCCGCUUUUCAACUUCGAGAAGGCCCGCGAGCCUAUCCUCGAGCUCUUCUUCAACGCGGGGUACAUCAACACCAUCCAGGCCAACUGCGCGUGGGUAUUGCGGUACCUGGCCGUUGCCGUUAUCACCAACCGCGGCCGCGCCAAGAACCCCGGCAUCCACCAGAAGCAAAUGAAGGAUGUAGUUCGUAUCGUUAAGCAGGAGGCGUACGAAUACCAGGAUCCCAUCACUCGCUUCGUCCAUGCUCUGAGCAUCGAUUUCGACUUCGAGGAGGCCCAGCGCCAGCUCGUCCUCGCCGAGGAGGUCCUCCGCCGCGACUUCUUCCUGCUCGCCCACGCCGACGACUUUGUCGACUCCGCCAGGCAUCUCAUCUUCGAGAGCUAUUGCAAGAUCCACGCCCGCAUUUCGCUGCAGGACUUGAGUGCUCGCCUGGGUCUCAAUGCCGACGCCGCGGAGAAGUGGAUUGUUAACCUCAUCCGCGACACGCGUCUUGACGCCAAGAUUGACUAUAAGGAAGGCACAGUCGUCAUGAACCACCCGCCAAGCUCUGUUUACCAGCAGGUUAUCGAGAAGACCAAGGGUGGGUUCUUCAGGACUCAAGUGCUGAGCGCAGCCGUUGCGAAGUAG